AUGUACGCUCCCGGAGGCGCCGGUGGCGCGGGAGGCGGCGCGAACUUUUUCUCGCACCGUGAGAGUCCGUCUCCGCUUUCGUCGGGUAGCGCGGGCUGCGGAAGCGCGGCGCACUCGCGGCGGAGCAGCAUGGACGGCUGCUCCGUAAGCUCCGCCAAGGCGGAAAACGUGCGCAUGCUAGCGGACGUCCUCCGCCGCCUCGCCACCGCAUCCAGCGGCGGCGCCGCCUGCUCCGCGUGCCCAUCUCCUCCGCCAGGCGGCGCGGCGGGCGUCGCUCCUCCUUCCGCCUCCGCCGUUUCGGCCGCGCGCCUAGCGUUUCCGCGCAGCGGAAGUCUCGACUCUCCCGUUCUCCGCCAAUCUCUGCGCGACCCCACUCCACUCGUUCCUUCCGCCAUGGGGGCAUGCGGGGGAACGUUCGGCGGCGGAUGGGGGGGCGGAGCGCCGGCGGUGGGGGAAUACGACCUUGAGUAUCUUCAGGCCGCGAAGCGGCUGCGCUUUGGUGGGGGGGACAUAGCAUGCGCGGAGCUUGGCGGAGCGUCUGGCGGACUGUCUGGCGGAAGCGGCGGGUUGAGGGGAAGCGCAGGGUUGGGCGGAAGUGGAUACGGCAGCGCCGCCGCCAACCUGGGGAACUUUGGGGGGUCCCUUCUCGGAAACUCCCUCCUGGGGCGCACGGCAAGCGGAGGAGCUGGGGCACUCGGGGGAAGCUCUUUCGGGGGAGGCGCUUAUUGCGGGAGCGGCGAGAACUACCUUUCCGCGGGCGCUCUCUCCCCCCUUGGCGGAGGUACGGCGGGGAAUUCGGGUUGCCGCGGUUCCCCCUCCCCCCAUGGCGUCAUGCGCUUCCCCUCCAGUGUGCGGAGCUCCAUGGGCGGAGGGGAUUCCCCCUCCUCCCUUGCCGCCAUGGCUGCCGCGGCUGCAGCGGGAUUCGCGCCGCCCUUCGGGCCAGCAUCAGGAGGAGCAGCAGGAGCAGGAACGGUGGGAGUCGAUGGGAUGGUGACGCGAGCCGAUCGGACGGCCCAGGGCAUGUCCCUUCUGGGGCAGCGAAAUCUGACCAUCGAUCUCUCUGUGCUCGACACUCUUGCGGCUCACAUGCCUCUGCACCCCUUUCAGCCGCUACAGUCUGCGGAGCCUAUGUCCAAUCCCGCUGCUGCAGCCGCUGCCACCGCUGCCACUGCUACAGCCGCUACAACCGCCGUUGGUGAUUCCUUGAUGUUAGGGGAGCUUGGAGGGGAGAUUGAUCAGGAGAUGUUGGAUCCGGCGGUGCGCCAUGCCUCAGUUGAAGCCCUGGCUCAGAUUCUUGCAGGGGAUAUUCAGGCCAUUCCCAAUGCUGGUUUCGCUUCAGGUUACAAUGGGAAUUUCAAUGCAGGUUUCAGUGGAGCAGAUGCGUUGAUGCCUGCAACUGGUGGUGCAGAGGAAGCUGCUAAGGCCUCUGAUUUGGAAUGCUUGCUGAAUGAUCAGUUUCAGCAGCCGCUGCUUCAGCUGCAGCAGCUACACCAGUUGCGGCAGCUGCAGUUGUUGCAGCAGCAACAGCAGCAGCAGCAGCAGCAGCAGCAGCAGCAGCAGCAGCAGGAGCAGGAACAGAUGCAGCAGGAGGUUUUGGGUGAGGAUGAAGGUUCUGGGUCGCUUCUGAGUUUCCUUGCUUCUGAUUGGCCGCAGUUGAAAGAGGCUGUGGCAGCAGGAGCUAGAGCCCUCAAUGCUGCAGAUAUGCCCACCUCCAGCAAAUAA